AUGUGGUGGCAUCAGCACAAUCUAUGUUUCAGGCAUCCCAUAGAAGAGGAUUAUUCAGGGGAGCUGGACAAAAAGGUAGCAACAAUUGCAGAGACAGAUGAGUCUGCAGAAUCAGAAGGUGUAAUUGAUUCUCAUAAACGUAGAGAAAUCUUCUCACGGAGACCCUCCUAUGGAAAAAUACUGAAUGAACUUUCCUCUGAUGUGCCUGGUGUUCCCAAGAUUGAAGAAAAAUCAGAGGAAGAAGGAACGCCACCUCAUAUCACUACCAUGGCAGUACCGGCUAGCAUAUACCAGACUAGCACGGGACAAUACAUUGCUAUAGCUCAAGGUGGAACAAUCCAGAUUUCUAAACCAGGAUCUGAUGUUGUUCAGGGACUGCAGGCAUUAACAGUGACAAAUUCAGGAGCUCUUCCACCAGGUGCUACAAUUGUGCAGGACACAGUGCAGGCAGCUGACGGCACACAGCAGUUCUUUGUUCCAGGCAGCCAAGUGGUUGUCCAAGAUGAGGAAACUGAACUUGCCCCAAGUCACAUGGCUGCUGCCACUGGCGACAUGCCAACCUACCAGAUCCGAGCUCCUCCGACUGCUUUGCCUCAGGGAGUGGUGGUGGCUGCCUCCCCAGGAAGUUUGCACAGCCCCCAGCAACUCGCAGAAGAAGCCACACGCAAACGAGAGCUGAGGUUGAUGAAAAACAGGGAAGCUGCUAAAGAAUGUCGACGUCGAAAGAAAGAAUAUGUAAAAUGUCUGGAGAGUCGAGUUGCGGUGCUGGAAGUUCAGAACAAGAAGCUUAUAGAGGAACUUGAAACCUUGAAAGACAUUUGCUCUCCUAAAACAGAUUAGUAGUAGUACUUAACUAACUAUGAACUGAUUACAUGUACAGUUGCUUUCGAAAGCAAUACAAUAUGUAGUCAGCAAGAAUUAUGGCUUUUUUCCUUUGUAUCAUUCAUAAUAUUAUCUAACCUCUAACAUUCCCAAAAUGCUUCAUUGUAUGUAGUGAACUCUUAGCUGUAACUUCAAUUUUUAAAAAGAGACAAAUUGUAAAAAAAAAUGUAUUUAGCAAAUUUUUAAAGUAUAUAUAUUUCUAAAGAUUUUAUUUAUUUUUAGAGAGAGGGGAAGGGAGGGAGAAAUAUCAAUGUGUGGUUGCCUCUCACAUGGUCCCCACUAGGGACCUGGCCCAUAAACCAGGCAUGUACCAUGACUGGGAAUCGAACCCGUGACACUUUGGUUCGCAGCCUGAACUCAGUCCACUGAGCUACAACAGGUAGGGCCUUAAGUAUAUUUUCUUGAUUAGGCUCAUAUAGUUGUCCCAUUUUUUCUCCUCUUCAUCCCCCUCUGAGCAGUAUGCCCCCUCCAUCCAUCAUCCGCCCCCUCACCCCAAUUAGUUCAUGUCUGUGAGUCAUACAUAUAAGUUCUUUGGCUUCUCCAUUUACUAUACUGUUCUUAACCUCCCCCUAAUUUGUAACUACCAAUUAUGCUUCUUAUUCCCUGUACCUUUUUCCCUAUUCUCUCCCUCCCUCUCCUCCUUAAUAACUCUUCAUGUGAUCCCCAUUUCUGUGAUUCUGUUAUCAUUCUAGUUGUUUGCUUAGUUUGUUUUUGUUUUUAGAUCCAGUUGUUGAUAGUUGUGAGUUUGUCAUCAUUUUACUGUUCUUAGUUUUGAUCUUCUUCUUUUUCUUACAAAAGUCCCUUUAACAUUUCAUAUAAUAAAGCUUGGUGAUGAUGAACUCCUUUAGCUUUACCUUGUCUGGGAAGCACUUUAUCUACCCUUCCAUUCUAAGUGAUAGCUUUGCUGGAUAGAGUAAUCUUGGUUGUAGGUUCUUGCCUUUCAUGACUUCAAAUACUUCUUUCCAGCCCCUUCUUGCCUGCAUGGUUUCUUUUGCAAAAUCACCUGAUAGUCUUAUGGGAACUCUUUUGUAGGUAACUGUCUCCUUUUUUCUUGUUGCUUUUAAGAUUUUCUCUUUGCCUUUAAUCUUGGGUAAUUUGAUUAUGAGGUAUCUUGGUGUGUUCCUCCUUGGGUCCAACUUCUUUGGGACUCUCUGAGCUUACUGGACCUGCAUGUUUAUUUCCUUUGCCAGAUUGAGGAAGUUUUCCUUCAUUAUUUUUUCAAAUAAGUUUUCAAUUUCUUGCUCUUCCUCUUCUCCUUCUGGAACCCCUAUGAUUCAGAUGCUGGACCAUUUAAAGUUGUCCCAGAGGUUCCUCUGCCUCUCCUCAUUUCUUUGAAUUCUUGUUUCUUCAUACUGUUCUGGUUGAAUGUUUAUUUCUUCCUUCUGUUCCAAAUAUUUUAUCUGAGUCCCAGUUUCCUUCCCUUCACUGUUGGUUCCCUGUAUAUUUUGCUUUACUUCACUUUGUAUAGCCUUUACUUCUUCCUUUAUUUUACAUCUGUACUUAAUCAUUUCUGUUAGCAACCUGAUUAUCAGUGUUUUGAACUCUGCAUAUGAUAGGUUGGCUAUCUCCUUGUCGCUUAGCCCUUUUUCUGGAGCUUUGAUCUAUUCUUUCAUUUGCCCAUUUUUCUUUGUCUCAGCAUACCUGUUAUGUUGUAAGGGGUGGAGCCUUCGGUAUUCACUGGGGUGGGGCAACCCACCUUGUUGCAUUGUGAUGUAGUCUGGAUGAAUGUUUCUUCUUUAAUUUCUUGCUUAUCAGACUUCCAUACAGUUUGAUUUUCUGGCAGUUCUGGGUUGUUGUUUUUUUUUAUUUGUUAUUGUCCUUCUUUUGAUUGUGCAAGGAAGAGAAGUGUCUCUGCCUAUGCCUCCAUCUUGGCCAGAAGUCUGUAUUUAGCAAAAUUGUUUUUAAAAAAGAUUUUUACCUAUUUAUUUUUAGAGGGGAAGGGAAGGAGAGAGGAAGAGAAACAUCAAUAUAUGGUUGCCUCUUGUGCAUCCCCUGCUGGGAACUGGCCUGCAACCUAGGCAUGUGCCCUGACUUGGAAUCAAACCACCAUCCUUUGGUUUGCAAGCCUGCGUUCAAUCCACUGAGCUACACCAGCCAGGGCUAGGAAAAUCUUAAAUGUAGCCUUUGUAAGACUUCUCCAAUGGCACAUAUUUGCAGUUCCCAAUUUCUAUGUCCUGAAUAGUGUGCUAUGCAAUAAAAUUUUCUGCAGGUCUUUUAAAAAUAUCUUAAGAAAGGAUGAUCAAAGAUAAUGCAUCCAGUAGUACAAUAAAAGUACACUGUGCAAAAAAAAAUACCUCAGGAAAUAAUUGAAAGAAUCUAAUAACCUGCCUAUAUGAAAAAAAUAGACUACAAGUGAAUUUGUCAUUUGCAGAUUUUUACAUUAGUGCUUUGUAAAGAAAACAUUUUAUUGCUAUCCUUGAAUGCCAUAGUUGGAGAGCAUUUUUAAUAGAACCAUGUUGGUUACACUUGUAGUGUUUGGUGGUCAUUUAACUAUAUGAACAUUUUGGGCAGUUUUUACUCUUGUGUAAUAGAAAAUAUGUCACAGAACCUCUAGUGCCGGUUUCAUACCACACAAUGAAAGUUACAAGUCAUUAGUACCUGGAAUGAAUUGAAAGUUAUAGUUAGAAUGGCAUUUACAUACCUUCAAGGGUACGUGAGCUUCUUUGCACACGGGGUCUGAUUUCUGGAAAUGCUCUGCCCUCUCACCAGAAGGAUGCCCCAGACCUUUUACACAGAAAAGCCACUAUGAGAAGUUCAGCUUGUGUGGUGCAACAGGCCUUUCUGCACAUGGUCUGGAAAUCUGUGUGGGAAUUUUGAAGGAAAAACAACCCAAGAUUUCAUUCUGCAUUUCAAAACAUCUUGAAGUUGACCUUAUAUCAAAUGUUUUUUAUGUCACACCUUUAGAUGAAGUUCAUUACAUUGAGACAGCAGCAUGAUUACUGGUAUCCACAUUUUACUCUAUGUUUACAAUAAAAAGCUCUAAGUUAUAAGCCCAAAGCCCUAACAAUAUGAUGCUAUGUCUUCUCUCCUUCACUCAUGAGACCUUUGUUGAAGGCCUACUCUUUGCUACACUCUGAUGUAUUUUCUUUUUUUUAAGUAUAUUUUAUUGAUGAUGCUAUUACAGUUGUUCCAAUUUUCCCUCCUUUGCCCUCUUCUUCCUGGUAACCCCAUUGCCUCCAACCAUUCCCCCACUUAUUUCGUGUCCAUGGGUCAUACAUAUAAGUUCUUUGGCUUCUCCAUUUACUAUACUAUUCUUAACCCGCCCCCCUCCAUCUAUUUUGUACCUACCAAUUAUGCUUCUUAUUCCUUGUACCUUCCCCCCCCCUUAUUCCUUCCUUCCCCCUCCUCAUUGAUAACCCUCCAUGUGAUCUCCAUUUCUAUGAUUCUGUUCCUAUUCUGGUUGUUUGCUUAGUUUGUUCCGUAAAUUCAGUUCAUAGUUGUGAGUUUGUUAUCAUUUUAAUGUUCAUAUUUUGAUCUUUUUUUAAUAAGUCCCUUUAACAUUUCAUAUAAAUAAGGACUUGGUGAGGAUGAACUCCUUUAGCUUUACCUUGUCUGGGAAGCACUUUAUCUGCCCUCCCAUUCCAAAUGAUAGCUUUGCUGGAUAAAGUAAUCUUGGUUGUAGGUUCUUGGUUUUCAUCACUUUGAAUACUUUUUGUCAGUCCCUUCUAGCCUGCAAAGUGUAGAGAAAUCAGCUGACAGUCUUAUGGGAAUUCCUUUGUAGGUUACUCUCUGCUUUUCUCUUGAUGUUUGUAAGAUUCCCUCUUUAUCUUUAACCUUUGGAAGUUCAAUGAUGAUGUAUCUUGGUGUGGUCCUCUUUGGGUCCAACUUGUUUGGGACUCUGUGCUUCCUGGACUUGUACAUCUAUUUCCUUCACCAAAUUAGGGACGUCUUCUUUCAUCAUUUUUCCAAAUAAGUUUUCAAUUUCUUGGUCUUCUUCUCUUUCUGGUAUCCUUAUGAUUCAAAUGUUGGCACAUUUGGAAACAUCCUAAAGUCUUCUUAUUCUUUUAUUUUUUUGAAUUUUUGUUUCUUUCCAUUCUGGUUAAAUGUUUAUUUCUUUAUGUUCCAAUUCUUUGAUGUGAACCCAGUUUUCCUUCUUUUCACUGUUUCCCUGUGGAGUUUUCUUUAUUUCAGUUAAUGUAGCCUUCAUUUCUUCCUCUAUGCUUUUGUCAUACCCAAUGAGAUCUCUAAGCAACCAGUGUUUUAAACUCCACAUUUGAUAGGUUGGCUAUCUCUGUCUCACUUAGUUAUUUUACUGUGGUUUUUUUCUGUUCUUUUAUAUGAGGCCAUAUUUCUUUGUCUCCUCAUUCUGGCAGCCUCCUUGUGUUUGUUUCUGUGUUUUAGGUCAAGCUGCUUUGACUCCCUGUCUUGGCGCACCUGUUUCAUUUUAUGGGCAGAGCCUUAGGCAAUCACCAGGGCAGGGCACUCUGCUUCACCACUUUAUGGCUUUGUAUGUGUGUGAGGGGGGCAGAAAGGGGGCAAUGCUACUGCCUGACUACUGGAGGCUUGUUCGGCACUCAUCCAACUUUCAGUCACUUACAUAACUGGUGCUCUUCUAGCUGUUGCCCUGGUGGUGAUUCCCAGAGUGGGUGGGUUUGUGAAUGUCCAGGACACUGAGAGCCCUUUAACAGACUCUCCUGAGAGACCAGCAGUUUCUUCCACCACCCCAAUCCCUACUGGUUUUUAUAGGCAGGAGUUACCAGGCUUUAUUUUCCCUGCACUGGAACCCUAGGCUUCACAGGCUGGCCUAGGGCUUGCACCCCAGGUAUCCCUAAAACAGACUGCCUGUUGCACCACCUCACUGCUGCUACACCACAUCCUUUCCACCCAGCUCCCCAUCUCUGCCCCUCUUACCUGCCUGGAUGAAUAUAUCUUCUUUAAAUUCUUACAGUUCAGUGUUUUGGCAGUUUUGGGUAUUUUUGUUUUGAGGUUAGUUGUAAUCUUUCUUAUGGUUAUGCAAGGAGGCAAAGUGUAUCUGCCUAUGCCUCCAUCUUGACUAGAGCUCUGCUGUAUUUUCUGCUAUAACUCAUGAUUUUUUAGGAUGCCUCCAUCCCAGCCCUAGUUUCAGUAGUGGAAAUGGUCAAUGUCUAUGGGAGGUACAGCAACAGGAGGUCACUUAUAUAGCAUCUAACUGCUAUUCCCCCAUUUUGUAAUUCUGUCACUUAUUUGUAACUCCCAGAGACAGGGCAUACCAUUUGCAGCUUUGUUUAGAAAUGCAUAUUCUUCCUUCAGAAUUUGAGCUCUGAAUUUCUUUUAUCUCAGUUUUUGUCUUUACAGAGAAGAAAGAUGAGGAAAGAAGACAAGAACAAAAAGAGCAAAGGGAAACCCCAAGUUUCAGGUGAAGGGAUAUGGUGCUUUGCACUCAGUCUUCUGUUCAGUCAGUCACUAAACCAAAUACGUGCCCAGUGCUGGACACCGAGCAGACUCAGGAAGCAGCAGACAGCAUGGAGGCAGAUUAGAGGCAGUAGAUGUUGUGUGUUAGAAUCGGAGAAAGCUUCAGGCAGGGACUUCAUAAGAGACUGAUCCUGUAGGAGGCAGAUUCUGAACUGGACCUUGAUGUGAUCAUGCUGGGGAAGAGGGCAACCAGACAGGGAAUCCAGACAUGCACUCCACUCCCAGGGGCUUGAAUUUAGGAGAUGAGGGGUAAAGUUCGUGCUCACACCAGUUAGUUUAGUGUAAAAGAGUGUGUGUGCCUGCAUGUGUGUACUUCACUCUAUAGAAUGGGUGGUCAUUUCAGGGAAGAAGAUCGUGUCUGAUUACUUGAGGCCAGAAAUAGCAGAUAUCCCAUCCAUUCCCUAGUGCUUUAGAAAUAAGAAUAUUUUAUUACCUCACCACAUAAGUCUAGAGGUAGGAAAUCCUAAGGUUGCUUAAUGUAAUAACUUAAUGGCAUCAUGACCAGGUCCUUCCUAUCCCACUCCCUGUUUAGGCUGAGUCUCCCAAUGCUAAUAUUGUCACCAUAGCUGUAGGCACCGGUGAGGAGGAGACAGCCAGCAUCUUGUCCUUUUGUCCUGUUUUAAGAGGAAAGACAACUGGCUCAGGGGACCUGCACCAGCACAUCUCCUCUGAGUCUCACUAGCCAGCUUUUCAUCAUAGCCAGUCACUGGCAAGGAGAAUGGAACUCAAAGCACUGAAUAACUAGUGGACAUUCAACCCCUGGGGCUGAGAUGGUUCAGGCUUCUGUGAAGCAUGACCAUCAGUAUUGAACAAAGCAGUUCUGGGAGAAAGGUGUGCAGGCAACUGUGGUUAUCACCCAGAGAGGUGAGUGCUGACCCUGCUCUGGAUGGUGGGGACAGCUGUGAGGCCUGGGGCUACGGCUGAGCUCUCAAAGGGGCAUCAGAACUGAAUUCUUGCUCAUGCAGUUUGUCCCUGAUACCAAAGCUCUUGCUACCAAAAUAACAUGCUUUUACAACUCUCCAAUCAGCCUCCAUAGGUAUUGCCUACAAACUUGCUGAACACAGCAAGCAGAAAGUUGGAAGACGCAUGGAUAUCGUACAUCUAGUAUAACAUAGAAUUCAGAGCAGGCUUUGUGGAUUUUUUAAUCCUAAAAUUUUCAGAAUCAAGAUUUUUGGUAUAGAAAUCACUGAUUCUGGAUCAUGGGAUUAUACCACUUUGUCAUAUUUAACUAGGUAGUUCAUGAUUCUAAAUCAUUCAAAAUCGGAAAAUAAAGGGAAUGAACUUCUUGGUAUUUGGACAUGUAAGAGCACCACACCUGCCUGAAACUGAGACCAUGUCACCUCAGUAACCACUCUUCUCAGUUUUCUGCAUUCGCCCUUCUGCUCUGUACUUGAUGUUUCCUAUGCACCCAAAGGACACCUUCGGACACACAGUGAGGACUUGUGACACCAACACGGUGUUCAUCUGGAGUGCAUCAAAAUCAUUGAAGCAGCUGGGACAUACCUGAGACAAGCAGAGCUGUUGCCAGUUGGCAUUGUUUCAUGGCAGUAGGUCAAGAUGCUCAGAAACUUAAAUGUGCCUCUUUUCUAAUGCCACCCCAGACACAAAGGCCUGAUUCUGAACUGCGUAAGCUUGGCAUAUCUCAGUCUUUAUGCUUUAUGUGUAGCUUUUUUCUAUGUAAAUUCACUUCCUCAUAAGUGCAUUUCAUAUUAAUUCAUUUCACAUUUCCAGAUGUAUUUUUAACACUGUUCUUCAAAACCCCAUUUUGCCAUGGGCUACUGUAUAAUGAGAUUUAAGGUUUUUUUCCAGGGCUGUUCUCUUUAUGCACACACAAUUCCAUCAGGGAUGGAAAAUGAUGACUAAAAGGAGAAAACUAACUGCUUUGUAAUACCAGACUGUACUUGAUCAAAUAAAAUGCAACCUUUGUUAUUUCUAA